AUGGCCUCGCCAGAUAACCGAGAGGCCGCCACGGCGCUGAAGGUGAAGGGAAACAAGGCCUUUACGUCACAUGAUUGGCCUACCGCCAUCGAUUUUUACAACCAGGCGAUCGAGCUGUAUGAUAAAGACCCGUCGUUCUUUUGCAACCGGGCUCAGGCACACAUCAAACUCGAAGCAUAUGGGUUCGCAAUCGCAGACGCCACAAAGGCGCUAGAACUUGACGACGGCUACCUCAAGGCCUACUGGCGGCGCGCCCUCGCAAACAGUGCCAUUUUAAACUACCGUGAAGCCGUAAAGGAUUUCAAGGCAGUCCUGAAGCGGGAUCCGAGCAACCGCGAUGCGAAGUUAAAAGCCGCCGAGUGCGAAAAGCUGGUUCGGCGGCUGGAGUUUGAGAAGGCAAUUGAGGUAUCGGAUCCGCCAUCUGCGUUUGAAGGACUUGACAUAGGCGCCAUUAAUGUCGAGGAGGGGUAUGAUGGGGUACGGCUCGGGGAUGAGAUGACGCAGGAAUUCAUUGACGAUAUGAUUGUGCGGUUCAAGGAGGGAAAGAAGAUUCACAGGAAGUAUGCCUUCCAGAUUGUCAAGGCUGUGAAGGAUAUUGUUUAUGCUGAGCCAACGAUGGUGGAGAUUGGGGUUGAUGAGGGGAAGAGGUUGACUGUCUGUGGUGAUACUCAUGGGCAAUUCUUCGAUCUUUUGGAGAUCUUCCGACUCAAUGGAUUCCCAACGGACACCCACGCGUACCUGUUCAACGGUGACUUUGUGGAUCGUGGCUCGUGGUCGACCGAAAUCGCUCUUCUGCUUUACGCCUACAAGUGGCUGCGGCCGAACGGCAUUUUCCUGAACCGCGGAAACCACGAGACGGACGACAUGAACAAAGUGUACGGUUUUGAGGGCGAGUGCAAGGCCAAGUACAACGAGACGAUGUUCAAGGUCUUUUCAGAGUCAUUUUCUGCAUUGCCUCUCGCCACUUUGAUCGGCAACAAGUUCCUUGUGCUUCACGGCGGUCUGUUCUCCAACGACAAGACAUCGCUAGAGGAUAUUCGAAAACUCAACCGCCACAACCAGAAGCAGCCCGGCCAACAGGGCUUGAUGAUGGAGAUGCUCUGGACAGAUCCCCAGACCGAACCUGGUCGCGGACCAAGCAAGCGCGGUGUCGGUCUGCAGUUUGGUCCGGAUGUUACCAAGCGCUUCUGCGAGAACAACGGUCUCGAGGCCAUCAUCCGCUCACACGAGGUUCGUAUGAACGGAUACGAAGUCGAGCAUGACGGACGGUGUAUUACUGUCUUCUCAGCACCUAAGUACUGCGAUACGACGGAGAACAAGGGCGCCUUUAUCAAGAUUGGCCCGGAGCUUAAGCUGGAGUACCAGGUCUUCGAGGCCGUGCCUCACCCAGAUAUCAAGCCGAUGGCUUAUGCUCAAAGCUCCCUGAUGUCAAUGAUGUGA